AUGAAUCCCCCCCCCCCCCAUCGUUGCUCCCAUCGCCACAAGCCCACUUUGUCCCGCAGAAGGUGGACAUUGAAGUCGCUUUCCAAGGCCAUCAACUCCCACAUUGCCACGCUAGCCGUUCCCCUCCACGAAGACCUCGAUGAAGCAAUCGAGAGCUACUUAACCAGGCACGAGAGGCACGAUGACUCGAGCGCCGACCGCCUGCAGGAGGAGUUACUCUCCAUCUAUCACAAGCAUAUCAAGGAUCGCCCAAGCCUUAUCACCGGCUUCGUUGCCAUCCUCUCCCGGCUCGUACCCAUUAUCAAAACCCCCGCGCGCAUACUACAAUGGUGGGACUUGCUCAAGGACAAGGUCGAGGAGCACUUUUCUAGCGAAAGGGGUUUGAUGGCGGAAAGCUCAUCGGCCGUGCGAGAUCUCUUGGCCCUUGACGAUGUUGGAUCAGGGGAUGGAGGAAUGGAGGCGGUCCUCAACCCUUAUGCAGAACGCUUGCUCCGAGUCUGGAUCGACACCUAUCAGGCUGGCCCCUCCAAGAAAAAUGCUGAGCCCCUCGAGAGGUCCGCGCGAGAGUCGCUGGUAUUCUACGGCAAAAGGAAACCAAAGGAUUUCCUCACUAUCCUCAACAAGUUUUUCGUCAAGGCAGAGUAUAGGAUCAAGGCCGCCACCCUUCUUUGCGACUUUAUUGAGCGCCAGCCGCCUCACUUGUAUCAAGUGUUGCAGACCCCGCUUUUCAAUAGUCUUUUGAAAUGCCUUCAGCUCGACACCUCCACCACCGUGGUCUCCGCAACCCUUACGGCUUUAACGAUGCUGCUCCCUCACAUGCCGAGCUCCCUCGUCCCGCACCUGCCCACCCUUUUCAAUAUAUAUGCCAGGCUCUUAUUCUGGCACCGAGAACGGUCCACCGCUCCAGGCUUUCCUGGUGAGCAUCUCAGUCGAAAACCGUUCACUGACCCCGCUGGCUGGGAAAGGUCCCACUAUUCCUCGGAUCUGGAUGGCAACCAUGUACCACAGUUGAGGACCUACUUCACCAUUCUUUACGGCUUGUACCCCAUCAACCUGAUGGACUAUAUAAGAAAACCGCAUCGCUACUUGAGGCAUGCGAAUGCCCCCAAUGCGGAUGCCGUCGAGGUUCAACCUAGUGAAAUUAGACACCAGUCUGAGGAAUUUCGUCGAGGCCAUUUGCUCCACCCCAACUUCUAUAAUCUCACCAUCGAGUCCGAAAAGUCCGACCAUGGGCGCUGGCAGUCGAGCGAACCCGCUGAAGUAGUGGCAGAGUGCGCAGCUCUUUGCGUCAUGGCGGACCCCCUGGAAGGAAAUGCUAGGGACACUCUGGAUAGCGGUAUCCUCGGCUAUCGAGGGGCUAGCGAUGCCGUGGAAUCGUCCGCGAGUAGCGUGUUGGCGGCCGACCGUCACAGCUCGCUGUCAAGCCAACCGUCGCAACGCGAGGCCGACAACGUGCGACAUCGGAGCCUCAGUGGAGACAGUCCAACCCUGCCACCCCAUCUAGGCAUCCCGGGUGCUUCACACCUUGUUACGCGGAGCUCCGAUGCAAGUGAGACGCUCGCAAGCGAUAGCGUGCCCUCGCUCUCGCUCAGCCAGCGGGCAAUGGUCUCGCAGCUGCGCCGCCAGGUUCUCUUGCUGCAGAAUGACCUUGCAUUUGAGCGGUAUCUAAAGCAACAGCACAUGGCUCACAUGGCCGAACUGAGACGCCGACAGAUGAAGGAGGCUGCCUCCGAAGCUGAGCUGCAGAACCUCAUUAUCGCCAACCGAAACCUCAAGAAUUCGUCCGAGGAAGCCAAAAAGGCUGAGAUUCAGGUGCGGAGGGAGUCGGAGAAGAGCCGAACCAUGGCCAAGAAGUGGGAGGCAGACCUGUCCGCCAAGCUCAAGACGCUACGCGAAGAGGCUAAACGUACCAAGUCGACGAUAGAAGAGCUGGAGCGUGACCUUGCGUCGGCCCGGGCUGAGUGCGAUCAGCUCAAGACCUUGGUGCGUGAGUAUGAGGUGCGUGAGCUCGGCUGGAAACAAAGCUCGCAGUCGCACGAGCUCGACAAGACCGAGAUAGACCGGCUCAAGGCUGAGGUCGCGCGGCUGACCCUUGUCGAACGCGACUUCCAGGGCAAGGAGACGGAGAUGAAGCGCGCUGUCGAAACCGCUUCCAACGCCGAAGGCCAGGUAGAGAUUCUCAACCAAAAGCUCGCGGCCCAGGACCACGCCCUAGAUCAGGUCAAGCAGCUCUACGAGUCCCAAAUCGUCGUGCUCAAGUCCCGUCUUGUCGAGCUCCGCGAAGCGCUCGCCGCGAGCCGUGCCAAGCAGGCCGAGCUCCAGAAGCAGCACAACCUCCUUACCCGCAAAUACACAACAUUGCAAUCGUCUCUGCUCGAUAUGCGAUGCGAUACCCCCACCCGUCCCGCCCAGCCAGUCCGGGAGACGGGUAUGUGGUCCGACGAAGAAGGCGACAGCUCCCCACCUCCAGCCUCGAGCCCGCCCCGCCCGCGCACUCGCGUCCAGCGCGUAUUCUCCAACCCCGAUACGCCAUCCUUUAGCGGGACGACGGGAGCUGCCGGCCCCGCCUUCCGCUCCAACAGCCCGGCGCCUUUAACGGAGGGCGGCGUGCCGCUUCCCGUCAUGUCCCAGAGUCCGGAACCUAGGUUCCACGGCAGAGGUGGCGUUCAGAACCGUAUACGCAAGGACAGCAAGGAUAAAAAGACGCCGGACGGCGACAAGAAGGACAAAAAGACCAGCGGGCUACGAGGGAUUAGAAACUUUGUGGGCUAG